AUUAGGAAAGCCGAGAACAGGUUGAGUAUGCAUACACAAGAACCAAAACGUACCUUUAAAUUACACAUACAGUCUUGCCUUGCACACCUUCGCCUUAUCGACGCUACCCGUAGCUCUGUUCUUCCUAAUGGUUUUGGUGGCAGGAAGCACUUUGCUCCAUCGGUUUCACUUGUCCUCUAGAAAGGGGAACUCGCAACUCGUCCCGCGAUUGCUCGUUCCAACAGCCCGUCCGUUUGGAGUGGCCUUGGCCCUUGGAAUGUCAUCCUCCUCGUUGUCCGGUCCUCCUGCAAGUGCGGAAGAGAGGGCGUCGCUAGAGGUAACAACCCCUACCUGCGUGCUGUCGACGGAAUCUACGUCGCUAACGAAUGGUCUUAAGGACUCGCAUCCAUGGCACCAACGUUUUGACAUCGUGGACGACAAGAUUGUUCACCGACGAUACGUGACUUUGUACGACAGAGUGGUUCGCUUCACACCGGAAGGAGGCGAGCCCCACACCCUCCACUACGACGUGGUGGGCCACCCGGCCAGCUGCUUCUCCUUCGCCGUGGCCUUCCCCUUCCACCCGGCAACCGCAGAGGCCGGCGGCACCACCCAGGUGGCGCAGGUGACCCUGGUUCGCGAGUACGCGCAGGGUCCCCACCGGCUGAUGUACUGCCUGCCCACCGGCGGGUACGACAGGGCCAAGCAUGCGGACCUGCGGGAGUGCGCGCGGGCGGAGAUGGCGGAGGAGGCCAUGUUGUACGGCGGUGAGGUGGUGUCGCUGCUGCCUGAGGACCACCCGGGGCAAAGCGAAAACAAGUGGAGCCGCAACACCUUCAAACCCUACCUCUUCAUUGACCCGCAGCCAAGCCCCAACGGUCGUAUGGCCACCCGAGACGAGGAGGAACACACCAUCGAGGUGUCGCGCGUCACAAUACCGGAUUUGAAGCAGCUCAUCCGCAACGGCGAGCUCAUGUUGCCCAGCGUCUACACCACCCUCCUAGCCCUGGACGAGCUCCAGCGGCGGGGGCUCAUCCCGUAGCCGUAUGGGCGACGUCGGCAUGGCAGCGGCUGUUGUUCAGUUUGAGUGCUUGGAUUGCAGAUCCGUUGCCCUUACAGGAUCCGGUACGACGGGUGAGGUAAUGCACUGGCCGGUGUCGUACUUACGAUGUGGGGAGGGCUGUAGCUGCGGGCCCGACCCACCUAACCGCCGGUAGCUGCUGCGACUGUUGCUAUCCCAGUUUACUCACUUCAGGCUGGUAGCUGCCUUCCUCGUUCCGCCCCUGCAUGGAAGGCAUUGUCAUGGGAAACGGGUCACAGGGCGCUGUGGUGUCGUACGUGUCCCUUGGUCGUACAUUCGCACAUGACGAAUUUAUAGACAUGUUUUAUUUCGUAUAGAUAUGUAGAUCUUUGGCCCGAGCGGCAUUGGGUACCGGACUACCGGUGCUAUCCGGACGCCUUGCUUGGCAUGGGGGGCCGCGUGACGAGCUGCGCAGCUGACUUGACCAUCAUAGCUGGUCGACCGGGCAGGGAUGCGUUGGCGGCUGCUAUCUCGACGACUGGUGACGACGACGGGAAGACAUGUAGUACUGACAAGGUGGUGUAGUAAGCAUGAGAAUAGUGGGACUGGAGCAUGCAGAGGCUGUGUGAUAGGCUGUGUGAGGGCGCGUGUCAGGGUGUCCAAUGGUUGGGCGGACGGAGUGAGCGAGCGAUUAAGUGGGUGGGUUGUUUUUAGGGAGGCGAUUAAGUUGCAGGGCUUGAGGGAGGCAUGUCAUCGUAGGUCCAUUGGAAGAAGUGGAGGGGGCAGGGUUGGCCGCUGAUCGUGUGUGGGUCCUGAUCCGCAUGAACCCGACAUCCUGGAGAUGGGGAGGAGGCCGAAGCAAUCAUGGCCGCUUACGGCUACUGUGCACGGAUGUGUUUGUGCGCCCAAACCUACAGGACGCGUGUAGGGCAGUAGCGGCUAGCGUCCGCUGGGGAUGUGUAGGAGGCCGGGGCAGUCAACAUUAGCGGAUAUCAAGGUGAUGGGGAUGGAGCUGCGGUUGAGAGGAAAAUGUACGGAACCAUACUGCAGUAUGU